AUGACAUCACCUGCACAGUUUUUAACCGUUUAUCCGGAUUGCGUACUAUUCUGUCAACCACAAGGCGAACCUUUUCCUGUUUAUGAGCGAUUGGCAAGAAAGUGUAGUACAGUACUUGACAGUCUCAUGAAUACACGAGAGUUCCAGGAACGCCGUGUUCUACAUCUAAAUCUUAAUUCACCUAACAGUAAUACUUGUCUACGUAAAGCUCUUGAAUAUACUGCUACAGGAGAACUUAACUUCCAAGACUGCACCAUUGAACAGAUGACUUCACUCGUUGAGGAGUUAGAUAUGAACGAUCUUCGAAAUAAAAUGAAAAUUCCGGCUCCACAGCCUGUUGCCUUACCAGCUUUCUUUACCAAUCCCACCAUAGGACAUAAUCAUCAACAACAGUUAAGCAUUCUCAAUGCUCUUCAAUGCUAUUAUGCCUAUCAAAUCUUACUGAAAAACAAUGGAGCACCAAGUGUCGAUCUAGUUACUGAAGACAAGGUAACGAAAAGGAAAUCACGAGACCGUAAGCCUUCUAACUCCGCUGACGUUGACGAGCCAUAUGAUAAUAUGGGCGACGUGAUAAUUCCAAGUACAGAUAACGAGGGAUGGUGUCGAAACAAAAAAUACAUUGAGAAGACUGAGACUGGCUUCAUGUGUACUGUUUGUAAGAAAGUUUAUGGAAGAUAUAACUCUGUGUCAUACCAUGUAACCAUCUAUCACAGAAAUCCUCCCAUCAAAUGCGACAUUUCUGGAUGUCAAUUCACUACCCGAGAAGCUCGUUACAUUCAUUUCCACAAAUACUACAGACAUAGCAUCCCCCUGCCAGUAACAAUUGAUCAAGGAACUCGUAAGUGUCAGUACUGUCGUCAUGUGGCGAAAUCACCGGCAAUGUUGGAAAAGCAUAUCAAACGACACGCCAACAUUGAUUUACACAAAAACGAUGAUUCUGAUAGAACUCCGGGUCCAGAAGAUGAAUCAUAUGGAAGAGAACGAACUGUGUCUCAACUUGGAGCUGGUGUUGAAAGCAUGGAUGUCGAUGUAACUACAACAAAGCCCAGAGCUCAAACUCUGUGA